CUCUGCUGCUUCAGUGACGCCGCCCGCCCUGACCUGUGGAAAGUUACGUUCGUUUCUUUUUGUGCUGCAGCAAGUCUAUAUGUGUACUAAUGGUGCGAAAACAUUGUUUCGUGUCUGGAUGCUACUAUCGUACUGCUGCCGAAUUUUCGCUCACCGUGAACUGCCUUAGUUUCUACGAUUUGGUCAAAGCUCCCAGCAGUGGCAACUGUGAAGGGGGCGAUCUGACACUUCUCCUCAGCAUUGAGGAUGCAGACCAAGAACAGGACGCACUGCUGGAUAAUGGGAAGAAUGUCAGUUGCGGCUGAUUUGGAAAAGGGCAAGUCCCAGAAAAAAGAGGCUCAGCUGCUCAUAAAAAACCUGAAAUUACUGCGCAUAGAUCCACUACAAGGUGUAUCAGAAGACGAUUUCCGGGGCAAGAAUGCUUCUAUCACAGUUCGCAGCACUCUUCAUGGCUUGUACUGCGUCUUUGACAGGAAGGCUGCCGAAAAGAGUUUGAACAAUGUGUGGCCAGUCUAUCCUGGGGAGUCCGACAGAGGGUUCCGUGCAGCCAUUUUCACAUGGGUCUCAAUGCUGCAGGAGAACCCGACUGCUGCCCCGUUUCUUGAAGGAUUCAGUGCUGGUCUCCUGUUGCGUCCAGCAACACCGCAGUUUUUAACAUUCCUUACAGGGCUAUCCACCUUUUUGCUUCAAGACAGGCUAAAGGAUAAGAUAGAGCUGGCCAGCAGCUUCAGUCAUGAACUGUUGCCCCGAAAUGUUAUAAAAUUUGUGACUCAGCAAGAGAAAUCCAGGUGUGUCUCUUUGCAAAAGCAACUCAGUGAAAUCGAAGCAGACUGUGCUGACGAGGAAAGGCACUUGAAAGGAUUGCUGUCAAACCUGCGCCUAUCACUAUGCACAUUGAAAGCUGAGGCAGAGACGUACGCAUCGGACGAGUCAGUUCAAAGGUUGUCCCAGAUGCAUAAGGAACUACGUGAUCAGAACAGACUGAUUUCAACAAGAAUGAUGCAAAUUGAAGAGCAUUGUGAAGUGAUGGAUGGUAUCAUUACACUUGAUCUGGUUGGAGGACUUAAUAAGUGCAGUGCCAUCAGCGACAAGUUUAUGAAAGGAUACAACAAAAGAACCUGUGAGGAUCAGCGUGACAGUAUAACAUGGGCAAACAUGCACCUGGAUGCCCUGAAGAGGACUGUGCAGCAUCUGCAAGCGCAGAGACAAACCCUGGAAAUGAUGAAGGCAGACACCAAGCAACGCUUGGAAGAUGCCAUUGAUUGCUUGCCCGCAGAAAUUCUGGAAGAAUCGGGUAUAAAGACAACAGCCAGUAUCACGAGGUUUCAAGUCAAUGUGGAAGACUUCAUUGAAAAGCUUUCAGCUGCUUUCACAAACCACAGCAGCAAACAGAAAUGACAACUGUUUCUUCUUAUGAGAAAAGUAUUUUUGUAUGUCAUCUGUGUAAGAACUCCUGCCUACGGAAGUGUGCAUAGCCGGCUCAAAGAAAAAGACAAUACAAAAACUUGCUUUUC